GAUUUAUUUUGUCAAUAUCACUUUAAAUCAUCACUUUUAUAUCCUUUUUUAAUUUAAUCGUAUUCUUUAAAAUUUGUCAUAAAACCACCACCCUUAAUAAAAUUCAAAUCUACCAUUGGUUGGGAACAUAAAGUGAUGUGGAAAAACACGUUGAAUUCCAUACAUGAAGGUUGAAUUGAAGAAUUUGUAAUAUAUAUGAAAAAAUUAUAAAGGUCCUGAUAUAAUUGAAAACGGUUGUAAAUUGAUGAUUUAAUAUGCAAUUAGUCCUUAACAAAUAUUAUGUCAUGUCAUGUUUCGUUUGCUCGAUCAAUUCAAAUUCACCGGAUUUUAAACCAGCGGUAGAUUUGAAAAAAAUUAAAAGAUGGUGGUAUUAUGUGACAACUGUUAAAAAAUGUGAUUAAAUUUAAAAAAAAAAGUGUAUAGAGGUGGUAAUUUAAUAUGCAACUAACCUUCAAAUCAUGAAUUCUCGACGAAGCCGGUUCGUUUUCCGGUCGGAUUUUAAAAAAAUUGAAAAAGACAAUAAAACAAAAACAAAACAAUUUCAUAAGAUGUAUUCUUUAAUAAGCAAGAAUAGCUGUGUGUUUAUCAUUACAGAGUACAGACAACUGAACUUAAAAUGGCACAAUCCACCGCCAUUACAGUAGCAAAGAGAUAUGCAGUUGUUACUGGCGGAAACAAAGGGAUAGGAUUGGAAAUCUGCAGGCAAUUGGCUUCUAAUGAUUCUCAGAGUAUAGCUUGUUUAGCAGAUUUUAUCAAGACCCAGUUCGGAAAACUCGAUAUUUUGGUGAACAAUGCUGCGAUUGGUGGAAUUGAAUAUGACUCUGAUAAUUUUCGAAAAGGUUUUGAGCUUAGUGGUGGUAACUGGCCAGAUGGAAAACAAAUGACCUGGGACAAAAUUGCAACUCAAAGUUAUGACCCAGGAGAACAAUGCGUGAAAACAAACUACUAUGGUACAAAAGCAAUGGUUGAAGCACUUUCUCCCCUUCUACACUUAUCUGAUUCGGCUAGGAUCGUAAAUGUUGCUUCCAUGUUGGGACUGUUGCAGAAUAUACCCAAUGAAUGGGCGAAAGGUUUGUUGAGUGAUGUCGAAAGCCUUACUGAGGACAGAGUGGAUGAGGUGGUGAAGCAGUUUCUCAAGGAUUUCAAGGAUGGUUUGCUAGAAACCAAAGGCUGGCCUAUUCAUAUCUCAGCCUACAUUGUUUCAAAGGCGGCUGUGAUCGCCUAUACUAGAAUUCUAGCCAAAAAAUAUCCGAGCUUCCUCGUCAAUGCCGUGUGUCCUGGCUUUUGCAGGACCGACAUAACCGUCAAUGUUGGCUGCUUUACUGCGGCUGAAGGAGCUGAAAGUGUUGUGAGGCUAGCUCUACUGUCUAAAGAUGGGUCUUCUGGCGUUCUCUAUUAUAGGAAAGAAAUUUCAUGUUUCUGAAUAUUAAGGUAAUGUUGUGAGAAGAAAUUACAAGCAUUGAUAUUUAUAUUAUGUUUAUGUAUAUUCUGUCAAGUGUACGAUGUUGUCUAAAGUUUCAAGUGAAUUCAUCUUGUAAGAAUAAAGUGAAUUUUGAGCUCAAUUAGUGCUUGUAAGAUGAUGGCCUGGUUAAUAGAUAAAUUGAUAGCAUAAUUUUUGACUUCA